CUCGUGAGGAUAAGCGGCAAAUAAAAUUGAUUGACGGAUGAAGUUUAUUUUGGUUGUGCGCACCUUGGCCACGCGGGGGCAGUGUAGCACAGACAUGGACACGAAGAAAGUGUUCUCCGCUGACAUCCAAGCCAGACUGAAUACGAAUGCCAGCCUCCCCUGCAACGUGACCCUGAAGUUGGACGACGUGGACGACGCUCCGCUGGAAGCCAACUGGGCGAGCAACGGCUCAGCCGUGGCCUCGUUCAAGAAUGCGACGGCGCAGAUAAAAGACGGCUUCGUUUGGACCACGGGCCUUUUCCGCAACGGAGACUUUUCGCUGACCGUCCUCCGUGUCGGCCUGAGCCUGCAGGGGGUGUACGAAUGCACAGUCCGCUACAACUCCUCGGCGCUGCACUCAAGCAUGGUUACGCUCAGUGUCAUCGCUUCCCCAUCUGUGUCAGUACCACAACAAUGGAUGGCGUUGGAGGCCGAGAGCCAGCUCAAAUGCCACGCGGAUGGCUUUUACCCGCCGCCUGUGUCUUUCACCUGGACCAGAGACGACCGAGUCAUUCAGCCCACCGCCCAGCUUGAUGGUGACAAGACCCCCGAGGGCUUCUACGCAGCCACUGCCAACCUGACCUACUACCCAUCUCGAGGGGACCAGAACGUGACUUUCGGCUGCAAAGUGACCCACAAUGGCACCAACCAAGAGGUCCAUUUUCAGCUCAACAUAACCUACUCCCCGACUGUCAGACUCUCAGCCAUCCCCUCGCCCUCCCGCAACAGUCCUCUCACCCUCUACUGCCACCUGGAGAGCUUCUACCCGGAGGAGGUGUCCGUAUCCUGGCUGCAAAACGGGACGGUCCUCCAAGAGACGCCGGGCACCGAGCAGAAUCCGGAUGGGACCUUCAGAACCACGCGCUACAUGACUUUAAGCCAUGAGCAGAGGUGGAGAGGCGGGGAGGUGGAGUGCGCCGUCAACCAGCCUGGCGUCGUGCGGCCGGCCCGGGCCUCGGCGCACCUGGAAGAACUGGAUCCCCAAGAUGAGGCGCCAGUGCUCACUAAAUCUGCUAAGGCAUCCGUGGCAAUGAUGUGCAUUUCCUUGGUGCUCGUCUUCCUGUUGUGCUUCGGCUUUUCUUGGAGGCGAAGGGACGAAAAACAGAAAUCCCUGGCGGUGUCGGGAAUCAUCCUCCCUCCCCGCGUCGUCGUGGGCCAAAAGGGCAGGGUGAGCGUGAGCAUUGAAGGCAGGAGGGUGGACCGAGUCCAGACCGCGUGGUUCCUCAACGACACGCCGAUCUCCGACACCUCCUUGACAGCACCGGAAAAGGGCCCUCUGCUUCCCUCCAGCGGAGAGAUGGGUUACUACAAGCUGCACUCCCAGGGGCCUCUGCACUCAUCCGGAAGCGGCGUCCAGCAGCUCAUCUCCUCGCUCACCUUCAUCCCGCAGAUCGCCAUCCACAAGGGAGCCGUGUUUAAGUGUCAGGUGUCCUACGCCGGCAAAGACAAGAUUGUGGUGGAGAGAGCCUCGGAGAGGUUUACGGUUCUGUCUGCACCGGAGGUAUCCGAAAUUGAGCUGGCAGAGACACCGAAUGACUCAGAGGUCAUCUGCAUGACCGUGCGCGCGUCCCAUUUCCACCCGGAUGUCAUCACCUUUCGCUGGUUCUGCCAGGGGGGAGAGCUGAGCCCGGUGGCUUCGCAGGCCCUCUCCUCCCCCCGACCCGAUUCCGAUGGCUUCUUUUCCGCCUCCAGCCAGUGCAAACUGCCCCGAAGUGAACUCGAACAGGGAGCCACCAGAGUGUGGGUCAGCGUGCAUCACGUCGCCCUCAAGCAGCCGGUCACGCGGGAGACCAGAGGCUUCAUCAAGCAGCCGCGCGUGUCCGACAUCUCGUCCGCUGCCUCUGCGUCCGACCAGAUGCUGACGCUGGGGUGCGAGAUCACCGAUUUCUACCCGCCCGACGUCACGGUCACUUGGCUGAAGGCGCGGGGGGGCGAGCGCGACGACAGCGAGGACGAGGUGAUGGCGGGCGGCGAGCUGUGGGGCCCCGUGGAAAUUCUCCCCCAGCUCUACAGGACCACGGCCACCUUGACGACCGCCAACAGCCGGGAGAAAAGACAGCGAGGGGGGGGGAUUAAAUGCAGAGUGGAGCACCUUUCCCUGCAUGAGCCCAUUGAGAGACUUUGGAGAAAUAUCGACAUCGUUGCUCCCAGCAUCCCUUCAUCCAUUUCGGUGUGUUGGAGCAGCGAGGGAGUGGGUGUAUUCUCGCUGCUCUUGAAGGGGGGUCACCCCAAGGCCAAGCUACUGUGGACAGCGGGCGGGACCACCCUCGCGCCGCUCGAGUCCAGCGAGACGGAGGAGUUGGGAGACGACGGGCAGAGGGAGCUCAGAAGCGUGUGCGCGCUGGAGAGGUCCACGCGGGCGGCGAGGCGGCGUGACAAACGGAGAAACGGACGCGGAUUAAAAACCAAAGCGGCUGUCACAGACCCGGAAACCGACGGUAUCGCGUACAUCGACGAGAAAUCGGACGGCGAGAACGACGACGGCAAAAGCGAAGACACCAAGUCGUCAGAUGGGGACGACGGCAGCGGCGGCGACGUCGACGACGACGACGAGCGAGAGGAAGACUCCGGAGCGUUGUACAUCAACAGGGUAAAUUUGACAAGGGGAAGCGAGGAAAGCGAGAGGACUCGUUUGAGGGUUGUUGUGGAGCUCAAACACCCUGCGCUCAAACUUCCCGUUUACAGAAGUUGGACAGAGCCCAAUGAGGAAAUAUCAACCAUGUGAAAUUCCCAAUGUUACAAGAAAAAAAACAUUAUUAUAUAACAAUUAAAAAGAUAUUUUAUAUACUUUUUAGUAAGUAAAAGUUUUUGUAUUUGUCAUUAAGAAAGGUGUUGCUUCUAAUAAUGUUUAUUUAUUUUUGUCUCCAGCUGUUUGAUUUUUUUUUUUUUUUUGCAAAUGUCUGUAUUUUUGUACAAAUAUAUAUUACAAAAUCAAUGUCAGUGUUUUCAAAAUCAGC